UGCGGUUGUUAAGCGAGGACUACCUGUAGAGUGGCCUUGAUUCGGGCAGUUUAUCCAUCCAUAAACCUUCAUCUGACAUUCCUGACCUUCUCUUGCCUUGUCUGUCUGCCCCUCUUCUUUCCAGGAAAAAAAAAGAAAAAAAAUAGCCUACGGAAAAAAUCAGCCGGGCAGAAGAAAUCCUUGGAGGUGGGGAAGACAGGCUUGAAGUCCCGGUCUGAAAGUACCAAGAUCACGGUGAUUUGGCGACGUUGGUCUACCUUCAGCAGCACCCGCGAUUCCUUUAAGAGUAACAAGAGUCUGGAGGGAGAGGCAGCUGGACCCAGUGACAAAGUUGCUCAGACCUCUCAGAUUUCCAGCUCCAGUGGCUAGGCCAUGGGGCUUAUGAUGAAGAGAUCUGGAGAGAAAAGCUAACAUGUGUUACGGCGGCUAGGUUUGACAUAUCUGCCCCAGGUUAUGAGCCCCCAUGAAUACGAGGAGACGCCACGGCUCCCGAAACACUGAGCAGGGCGUUUACCUGGGACCAUCCCAGACACAGGCUUUCCCUCCGCUUGGUGCCCCUCCUGCUGCUGCUGCUGCUGCUGCUGCUACCCACGUCACCCCUCCUCAACCUCAGUGGGACGCCAUGUCGUGUCAAGAUCGGACCCAGGAGUUCCACUCGGCCUGCAAGUCCUUGCAAAGCAGAGAAAAUGGGUUUCAUGGGAACAAGCCAGCGCCGAGUGGAGCCAUGCGGCAAAGAAGUGAAUUCACUCUCAUGGCCAAGCGCAUUGGAAAGGAUCUCAGCAACACCUUUGCCAAGCUAGAAAAGCUAACAAUUUUGGCCAAACGGAAAUCGCUCUUUGAUGACAAGGCGGUGGAGAUAGAGGAGCUGACUUACAUCAUCAAGCAGGACAUCAACAGCCUGAACAAACAGAUUGCACAACUCCAGGAGUUUGUCAAAGCCAAAGGCAGUCAGACUGGAAGGCAUGUGCAAACACACUCCAACACUGUGGUAGUUUCCCUGCAGUCCAAGCUGGCUUCCAUGUCCAAUGAUUUCAAGUCUGUUUUGGAGGUGCGGACAGAGAAUCUGAAGCAGCAGAAGAGCCGGCGAGAGCAAUUCUCCCGUGCCCCGGUGGCCACCAUGUCGCUUUCUGCAAACAACCUGGUGGGCUCCAGCGUGCUUCAGGACGAGCGGCGGUACUCGGGAGAUGUGGCCAUUGACAUGGACAAUCGGACGAGCCAGCAGUUGCAACUAAUCAAUGAACAGGAUUCAUACAUCCAGAGCCGGGCGGACACUAUGCAAAACAUCGAAUCUACAAUCGUCGAGCUGGGCUCCAUAUUUCAGCAACUGGCACACAUGGUUAAAGAACAGGAAGAGACUAUCCAGAGAAUCGACGCCAACGUGGAAGACGCACAGCUGAACGUGGAAGGCGCGCACAUGGAAAUCCUGAAAUACUUCCAGUCGGUGUCCUCCAACCGGUGGCUCAUGGUGAAAAUCUUCCUCAUCCUGAUCAUCUUCUUCAUCAUCUUCGUCGUCUUCCUGGCCUGAUGGAGGAGGUGGCUCGACUGCCCGUCCCCUUCCUCCUCCUUCCUGCGCCGCGAUGGACGCAGGACUCUUCCGCUCUUUUGUGGAGCUGGCCGGCGGGAGGGGGAGGGUCGUCCCCGCCCCGUCCCCGCGCCGAAGACCCCUGCCCUCACUUUGCUGCAGCCCCUUGGCCCGAAGCCAGGUUGCCCUGAUGGGAGUGCAAUAGCAUCUGGACUCUUCUGUGAAGGGCUGUGCCCCAGACCGCUCCUCCCCAAACGGGGCUCAGCCCAGCGGGUGGGUGGGAUGCAGUGGGACCAGCAUCUUCCCCCUCCCCUUCCCCUAUGCCAUGUAUAUUUUCCCAAGCCCUGACGUGCUAACAAGAACCCUCCCUUCUAUUUUUUUUAACAAAUAUAUUAUGAGCAUACAAGAAUGGAAUUUAACAUCAACUCCUUCCUCCUCGAUACACCAUGAGGAGAGCCGGAUUUUUAGGAUCCGGAGGAGGCCUGGGCCUUUGGCCACCACACCCAGCGGGCUGGAUUCCCUGCCUCGUUUUAGCCUAUUUAAGUCGUCUUUUUUUUUUUUUUGUUUCUCUGUUGGGACAAGUUUUUAACCUUUGCCGGCCCAUGAGUAGACCAGGCCCUUUGCCAAGCGUGUGGUCCUGCCCUCUUUUUCCCUCUAUAUGUGUUCUUGAGAAGGCAGGUUUGUGCCAUGUUCGAGCCUUCCUGACCAAGUACGGUUUCUUGAAGCUAAACUGAGGUGGCAGAGUGGCGGAUCAGAUCUUGCCCACCCUUGGACUGGAAACAAGGUUCAGUCUUCCACAAGCUACCCUCCUCAUCCCUCCCCUCCCUCCCUCCCUCCCUCCCUCCCCAGAUUUCCUCCCUGGUGCAAGAGCGAGGCAUCUGUGGACCUUGAACCAUUGACGGCUUGCAGCUCUCAGCCUGGUUAAUUGCAAGGAGCUCUGGGUGUUUAGUUCAGCAGCACGGGACGAGGUGAGGCUUUUCCGCCUCCCCUUGCUGUCGAGCGUUUCGGAUUCCACGGUGUCCUCCUUUCCCGAGAGCAGAGAAAGCCUGCCAGCUUUCCCAAACCUACUAAUUUUUACACUACUCGAGAAUAAUAAAAUUAUUAAGCUUUAA